AUGCGGAUAUGCGCAAUCGUCCCAACCGACACACUUGGAAUAUUCCUUGUCUUCGCCCUCUUCACCUCGCCCGGUCACACACGAAAGCUAACCGCACCUUGGAUGGAGGAACGUCUGUUUCUGCGUGCACGAUGCAAGACAAAGUGCUUACGAGUGUUUCAAAAUUCGCAAGAACAGCAUACAUUCAAACACACUUGGCAUGAACUAUCGUUCACCCCUGCUACCCUGGAGGACUGUUUCUCUGAAGGCUCCGAACAGUGCAGUUCCAAAUGCUUUACCGCGUGUGAUCAACCCCCCGACCAAUGCGUGUCCACUUGUUCGGCUUUCGAUGUGGGUUGUCACCUGGGAUGUGCCUUCUUGCUGGAGAGCGUAGAUCCUCAUCCAGGUAAAUGUCCCUCAAGAGAGGAUGUGCCAAUUGCGUGGGAUCAGUACGAACCUCGAUUGCGGAUCGCGAAUACUGGCGACGGCAAGUGUCUCAGUUCCUGCCAAUCAGAUCGCGACUGCGUAAAUUUAAUCGAUAAAUGCUGUACAGUCGGCUGUCAAAGGAUAUGCUCAACGCCCCUAUUUAACGAGUCUACUCCGCCCUUGCCAGCGGCAUUGAAACCGUUUGAGUCCAAAUUGUCACCUAUGAUAGUCGAAUUGAAUUGGUCCGUCCCGUACAGUCAAUUGAAUGCGCACCACGGCCCCAUUGUGUUCAUACUGCAGACUCGCAUAUGUGUGUGCAAACACUUGGAUUUGAGUCACGUGACCGGAUGGCAAACCCUCAUCAUGACUCAUCAAUUUGGAGCCAAGUUGGAUGCAUUCGAACCUGGAAGAAUGUAUCAGUUUCGCAUUGCUGCAGUUAGUCCGUUUGGUACCCGAGGAUUCGGACCACCAUCAGACCCGUACCCACUCCAUCCAGUCCGGCCAAAUCCUCCCAGCCCCCCUAGGAAUGUCACCGAUUCCAUAUGGCGAUUCUACUCGACCGGAACUAUACACGUCUUGCUGAACUGGGAACCACCGGAACACAGUGAGCUGACGAUCACAGAGUACUCGAUCAAAUGGGUCAUCGAUCACGGCUAUGUCCAGCCAGGAGGUCAAUCUCUUGAGGGUUUGACGCAGUUCGCUCAGUCGAUUCCAGCGGACAAGGCGCAGUAUGUGAUACAAGACUUGAAACCAUCUAAGUCAUACAAAGUACAAGUACGUGCCGUAGCGUUCUGGAUAGGAUAUGGUCCUUUGGAAUCGCAACCCAACACAAUCUUCCUAUCCACGCACACGAUUCCACCGGUUUUUACUCCUCAGACUUUUGGGGAACAGGGUAUGGUCGCAGCCACCACAAUGCUUCAAGAUCAACAGUCAUCAAAUGCGUCCAAUUGUGAAUGUCAUACUGAUUCGCUGACAACCAAAUUGUUGCAGUUAAAGCGUAUGUUCUACGACAAGGAGGAACUCAUAGCCACGUUUGUCUUCAAUCCACCGGUGGCCGGUGCCAAUUAUAUUCUUGAGUGGGCACCCCAAGUCUGCAUCAAUCCAAGUGAGACGGAACCCGUAUCUCUGCGCCAAACACUAAAAGUUAGAGGAAAAGCUCGACUAGUGUCACUUGGCCAUCUAAGAUUCAGCUGCCGUUACACUAUACGAAUCAAGCAACUAACACAUGAAGAAAGUGAACAUCGAUCGUCCCAAUGGUCUAUUACUCACAAUGCCCCACGCCGAAGAAAGCACGAUGAAGUAGCGACCACUUAUCACUGCUUUUGUACGCCAUCUUGUCUUGAUAUGGAGUCGAAUGCUGGAACCUCACCGGUCAACUGCAGUCUACCAGAUCCUGGACCUCCACCUGCUCCAUUGGACUUGAUUACCAAAGAGAUCGGCCAGUUGCGAUAUCGGAUCUCGUGGGAACCGCCAAUAUUUACGGAACGGUGGAUCAGAGCGGCCAAAGGGAAACUAACAAAGUCAGGUGUCUCCUUGUUACAAAACAUAAAGUAUCGCGUCGUUUGGGCACCCAGAAUUGAGGAACCCGUGAGUCGAGAGAUGUACAAUGACGCGGUUGGGUUCAGCCCGUUGAUGGAUCUUCAGCGAUCAGACGCACGUAUUGUACAUAAGAAUCAAACGUGGCUGGACCUACACAACCUUAGCGAAGACACGUUUUACAUUGUACGUGUACAAACUCUUCUGUCCGCGGAACCCAGUGGUUUUGAACGUGAGAGUUCACCCACCGCGCUGUAUUUUAUUACUCCAAAAGUGAAGGCGGUCUCUCCCCAUUCAGCAGAGUUGGGUUCGCAGACGCAACGCUCAACGGCGGCCGCACGAAGCCUAUAUCUUUAUUCCUUACCUCCGAUCAAAAAUUUACCUUCUUUAUCAACGUGGUUUCUCAUCUUCCGCAUUCUAAUGCAAUGGAAUCCCUUUGACCUGACGAUUUGA